GGAUGGACACGUACUCAUUCACAUUUUGUCGUUAUGAAUGGUUUCUUCGACCCGUCCAGACAGAAAUCCGUGGUACCAGACAAGAAUGAGGAUCCUUCUGCUCUCUUUGAGAAAUACCCUGGCAUAAUCGACAAGUCGGGAGAUCGCAGAAAGGUCGCAGUAAAAAAGGAGCAGAUCCUUGACAAAAGUAAAAGGGACCAUUUCUCAAAGUCUAUUGUCAUCAUCCAGUUGCUGUGGUUUACCACUCAAUACAUUGGACGAUGGGCGGCUCAUAUACACAGGUCACAGCUUGAAACAAUGACUCUCGCUUACGCAGUACUCAGCAUCCUUGCUUAUGUAUUGUGGUGGAAUAAACCACUGGAUGUGCAUGUCUCAAUCCAUGUCACUGAAGAGGGCCCCCCAACUUCUUCUGAGCAUCCCAAUGCCAAUCAAGUGCGGGCCGAAACAGAGAUGAAAGCAAAUCCGAACCCCCUCGAGGCCCUCAAAGCGACGAUCAUGGAGAUAGAUCCCUGGCAGAUAUUUGGGGUCACUGGCGUCCUCUUUGGUGGGCUCCAUUGUUUGGCAUGGUCAUUCCAAUUUCGAGGAGACUGGGACAGAAAUUUGUGGCGUGCGGGUGCAGUAGUUAUUACAGUGACCCCUGUACCUUUUGUAUGGGCUGUAAAAGAAGCGGACAAAGGGGGUUGUGUUGCCACUGUAUGCUCUCGCCUUCUUUCUUUUUUGUAUGGUGCUGCUCGGGGUAGUUUGCUUGUCAUCGCGUUCGCGUCUUUGGGAUUUGCGCCUGCUGAUUUUUACAGAACAACCCCUUGGUCCUCAUUCAUUCCUCACCUAGGAUAG